GGGAGACUGCACCUGGCUGCAAGCCCCAGCAGAAGUUUGAGAGUUGAGGCACCAGGGUGAGGGAGACCAGGCAUGGCAUGUGCCCCAGGACCAGACCCACUGGGGGACAGCAGAGGGGACGAGAGGCCCAAGUGGGACAACAAGCUCCAGUAUGUCCUGAGCUGCGUGGGGUUUGCCGUGGGCCUGGGCAACAUCUGGAGGUUCCCAUACCUGUGCCAGAGCCACGGCGGAGGGGCCUUCCUCAUUCCCUACCUCAUCGCCCUGGCCUUCGAAGGAAUCCCGCUCUUCCACAUGGAGCUCGCCAUUGGCCAGCGUCUGCGCCAAGGCAGCGUCGGGGUGUGGACGGCCAUCUCCCCUUACUUGGGUGGAGUGGGCCUGGGCAGCCUCACCUUGUCCUUCCUGAUCAGCCUCUACUACAACACCGUCCUGUCCUGGGUGUUGUGGUACCUCCUCAACUCCUUCCAGCAACCGCUGCCCUGGGGCUCCUGCCCGCUGGACGUCAACCAGACAGGGUUCGUGAAGGAAUGCGAGGGCAGCAGCACCGUGAGCUACUUCUGGUAUCGGCAGACGCUGAACAUCACAGCCGACAUCAACUACAGUGGUUCUGUCCAGUGGUGGCUGCUGGUCUGCUUGGCUGCCUGCUGGGCAGUCAUAUACCUGUGUGUCAUCAGAGGCAUCGAAUCCACGGGGAAGGCAAUUUAUUUCACAGCCUUGUUUCCCUACCUGGUCCUGACGAUCUUCCUUGUUAGAGGACUCACCCUGCCUGGGGCGGCCGAAGGGUUAACCUUCCUGUUCACUCCCAACAUACAGACUCUCCGGAGCCCACGGGUGUGGCUGGAUGCGGCCACCCAGAUAUUCUUCUCUCUGUCGUUGGCCUCCGGAGGACACAUUGCAUUCGCAAGUUACAACCCAUCCAGGAACGACUGUGAGAAGGACGCGGUGAUCGUCGCCCUGAUCAACAGCAUGACCUCCCUCUACGCCUCCACUGUAGUCUUCUCUGUCCUGGGCUUCAAGGCGGCCAGUGACUAUGGACGCUGCUUGGACAGGAACAUCCUCAGCCUCACCAAUGAAUUUGACUUCCCCGACCAGAGCAUCUCCAGGGAAAACUACGCUGCCAUCCUCACACACCUGAAUGCCACCCAGACCGAGACGGUGGUCGGGCUGCACCUAGAGUCCUGCUGUCUGCAAGACUUUCUGGAUAAGAGUGCCUCAGGCACGGGCCUGGCCUUCAUCGUCUUCACCGAGGCCAUCCUGCACAUGCCAGGGGCGCCUGUGUGGGCCGUGCUCUUCUUCAUCACGCUGUUCACCCUGGGGCUGUCCUCCAUGUUUGGGAACAUGGAGGGUAUCAUCACGCCACUCUUGGAUAUGGAGGUCCUGCCAAGAUGGGUCCCCAAGGAGGCCAUGACAGGAGCCGUCUGCCUGGUCUGCUUCCUCUCGUCCACCUGCUUCACGCUGCAGUCUGGGAACUACUGGCUUGAGAUUUUCGACAACUAUACUGCUUCCCUGAACCUAAUCAUUUUUGCCUUCAUGGAGGUGGUCGGUGUCAUCUAUGUUUAUGGGACAGAAAAGUUCUGUGACGACAUAGCAUGGAUGACGGGGAGGCGGCCUGGCUUCUACUGGCGGAUGACCUGGAAGGUCGUGAGUCCCCUCCUGCUGCUGACGGUCCUCACAGCUUACAUGGUCGUCAUGAUCCCGACAACAAUGAGCUAUCGGGCCUGGGACCCCCAAUACAAGCAGUUCCCCUUGCGGCAGGAGAAGCCCUACCCAGGCUGGGUGCAGGCCGUCUGUGUGCUUCUGUCCUUGCUGCCCGCACUGUGGGUCCCGACGGUCGCACUGGCGCAGUGGCUCUCCCAGCGCAGACGGAAGCAGGAGAGUGUGCAACAGGACACACGCCUGAAGCUGCAGGACAGCGUAGCCUGCUGAGGGUGGGGAGGGCCUAACCUGUGUGUCCCUCACCCACAGAUCACCCAACCCCAUUAUAUUCCCCCCCAAACCUAA